UUUUUCCAAAGGAAAAUCAACUUGUUGGUUACUUGUUAAUUGUGGAAAUUUAAUUAAUUGUUUAAUUGUUUGAUUGUAGAAAAUAUUAUUAUUGGUUAAUUACUGAUUGUUCUUGUGACUAAAUUGUCUCUUGUUGUUUUGUUUUCUUCUUACUGUCAAGAUGAAAAGAGGCACAUUAUCGACUCUUACAUCUUCCUCUUCGAUUGGGCCCGAUAUUCCAGGUAUCGGACCUUUUGCCUCAAAGAAAACUAAAAAAAACGAUGAGAACCAAAAGACUAUCCGUUUGGAAAUUAAACUUCCAACUUCAACAUCGGAAUAUUUUCCUGAAUAUUCAUACCCUGAAUUAGUUGAUACAGCAAAUGGUAAAGAUGGUGAUAAAUUCGAUGAUUCUUUGGGGUCUGAUGAUGAUGCUAAACUUAAGGCUUUAGCCGAAAAAUUCAACAAUAAAUAUGGUCCCAAGAAAAGUAAAUAUAAUGUCAUUGAAGAUUUCAUCGAUAAAGGCAUGGGUUAUGAUGAAACUGAUCCUUUUAUUGAUAAUGGAGAAGCUUAUGAUGAACUCAUACCGUCCACAAUUACUACUCAGUAUGGAGGUUUUUACAUCAACAUGGGUCAACUUGAAUUCAAGCCAACAUCUGAAAAUAAGGAAUUUGCUAAGCCAAUACAAAAACAGCUUCAAUCUCAACCAGUACGGAAAACAACUCACCAAACAUCUCAAAAAAUGCAAUCGGCGAGAAAUCCAGUUCCACAAACACCUCGACACUCACAAUCCCCUGUCACCCAGCCAACCCAAAAAUCAGCCCAACCACAACAACCACCGCCACAAAAAACGCAAACAUCCCGAACCCAAGCUCCACAAGUACCAAGACACUCACAGUCCCCUGUUACACAAACUAACCAAAAAUCAGCUCAACCGUCUUCACAACAACCACAAAAACAACAAUCAACACCACCUCAGCCACCAAAAUCACAAUCGCCGCGAACCCAAGUUCCACAGACACAACGACACUCACACUCUCCAGUAGCACUAUCCACCCAAAAAUCAGCUCAACCAACUUCACAAUCACAACCGCAAUCGCAAAAACCUCAAUCAACACGAACCCAACUUCCUCAAACUCAAAGACACUCACAAUCUCCCGUCAUGCAGCCUACCCAAAAAUCUUCACAACCACAGCCCCAACAACCCCAACCACAAGCACCAAAACCGCAACCGGCCCCACAACAACCCCAAACACCACGACACUCUCAAUCCCAAGUAACCCAACCUUCCCAAAAAUCAGCUCAACCACAACAACCACAACCACAAAAAUCCCAAUCAUCACGAUCCCAAGCUCCACAAACAUCGCGACACUCACAAUCUCCAGUAGCACUAUCCACCCCAAAAUCGGCUCAACCAGCACCACCACAGCCACCUAAACAGCAAUCAACUCGUAAACCAGCUCAACUAACCUCACCACCACCGCCACUGCCGCUAGCACCUCCACUGGUACCACCAUUGGCUCCUCCAUUGGCUCCUCCAUUGGCUCCCCCAUUGGGCACACCGCUGUCUCUUUUCUCCCACGCUCCUCAUCACUCUCAUUCAUCUCACUCUUCUCACAUGUCUCACCCUCAACCCCAACAAGCUCACCAACACAAAAUAACUGCAGCUCAUCAACAAAAACCUCAAACGGCUCAUUUUUCACCCCCACAAGCUCAUCAGUCUCAAGUACAACACCAAGGAUUAGCUCAAUCUCACACUAACAGUCAAUGGCCACAGAAUUUUGUUCAACCUUAUCAAUUCCCUUCGAUUCAUCAUUUCUGCUAUAAUCCACAAUGUACAUGUGAUAAAGUGAAAGUGAGCAAGUUACAAUGAGAUUGUACAGGCAAAAGGAGAGAAAAACUUUUCUCUCUCUCUCUCUUUCUCUCUCCAAUAACAUGAUCAGAAUGAGAAAAGACCAUCAGUUGGUAAAAUGAUGUAAACACAUGAACAAGUCAAACUAGUCAACAAUUAACAUCUUCAUCAGCUCAUCAUCGUAAUCACAAUCUUGCAAACAAUUAUUAUUAUCAAAGUAAAUUGUUGAUACUGUUCAUCAGUUCAUUAUUGAAUCAACAUUAUCAAUUUUGAUUGAUCGCACACAAAAUUAACUUACAAAUCCCUUUUGCGAUCUAAGUGUAACUUAAAUCCAGUUUCCAACACUUGAUUAUCCUUAUCCAUUUGGUUAAUCCUUUUUUUUAUCUUGUUUAUUUCCCUUUCAUUUCCGUCUUCUCGUUUUCCUCAUUAAUUGUAUUAAAUUUGAUUCAAUCAAUAGUUAAUCAGAUUAAUUCUGAUAAUAUUGAGCCAAUUUAAUUAACUUCACAAUAUCAUAAAGAUUAACAACACCACCACCAACAACAAUACAAACAAUUAAAUUAACCCGUCAACAU